GGAUGAUGUAUUUUGUUCUAGUUGUGCUUAAAGUCUGAGUUUUUUUCUUCCUGAAAGCUAUCAUGAUUUUGCAGUGUUUGUCUCUUAUAUUUUCAACAAUGGUGGGAGGCAGUUUGGGGGAUGCAAUUACACCAGUAACUAAUGCAGUGAAAUCUUUGGAGGGCAGCAAAGUUACUCUGUCAUGCAACUACACUGGCACUGCAUACAGUCUGCAUUGGUAUCGCCAGUUCCCCAACUCUAAACCUGAAUUCCUCGUCCUUGUUGUAAGCAAAGAAAAUAAAAAUGGGAGGUUUUCUGCUAAACCUGACAAAGAGAAUAGCCGUGUGCAUCUGGAGAUCUCUUCUGCUGAAGUGGCAGACUCUGCUCUGUACUACUGUGCCCUGCAGCCCACAGUGACAGGAAAUCCAUUUAUGCUGUACAUAAACCUGACACUGCCUGAGACAAGACAGAAACGUGAUAGUUUUCAAGAUUCAAUAAUUCCACUAAAGGACACAGUACAUGCCAUGGAGGAUAGCAAUGUUUCACUGUCAUGCACAUACACUGGCACUGCAGGCCUUACAAAGUAUCUGCACUGGUAUCGUCAAUAUAACACAUCCAAACCAGAAUUCCUCAUCCUCAUUGGAGAUGUUCAUGGGAGUGAGACGAAGAAAGAUGGACGAUUUAAUGUUAAACUUGAGAACAGCCGUGUGGAUCUGGAGAUCUCCUCUGCUGAAGUGACAGACUCUGCUCUGUACUACUGUGCCCUGCAGCCCACAGUGGCAGGAAACACAUCAUCUCUGGACAAAAACCUGACAGCACUUGAAACCAGUUGCAACAUAAGAACAUUACAAUGUAUGAAGGCAUAA